GGUUGUUCUGCGUGGGCUCACCGUCCAAAAAAAAAAAAAAGCACUGGAAAAAGAAAAAGAAGAAAGACAAACUGCAAAGACGAAAGUCUUCUCUCUCUCCAACAUUAAUAUCAGCGUCAUCGUCUUUGCAGCCUAGGGUUUCUUCCUCACCUUUCCUCUCUUAUCUUCCUCUCCAUCCAUCCAUCCAUCCUUCACUCUCUCUCUCUCUCGCUCUCUCCUCUAAUCGCAGCAUCUGUCAGAAUUAACCUAAGAUCGUUGUGCAAUUUCCAUGGAGGUUGAAAAGAUGGAAGAGGGCGUAAAGUCCGAGAACCAUUUGACAUCGGCUGCAGCUUUUGUGGAAGGUGGAAUUCAAGAAGCCUGUGAUGAUUCUUGCAGCAUAUGCCUUGAAGCAUUUUGUGAAAGUGAACCAUCGACGGUGACUUGUUGCAAGCAUGAGUUUCACCUUCAGUGCAUUCUUGAAUGGUGUCAGAGAAGCUCCCAGUGCCCAAUGUGUUGGCAACCCAUCAGCUUGAAGGAUCCCAGCAGCCAGGAAUUGCUUGACGCUAUAGAACAGGAAAAGAGCUUUAGAGCCAAUGCACGUAGAAAUACCACGAUAUUUCAUCAUCCGACCCUGGGGGAUUUCGAAUUACAGCAUUUACCAGUUGGCGGAACUGAUGCUGAACUCGAAGAGCGUAUUAUUCAGCACUUAGCUGCCGCUGCUGCCAUGGGGAGGACCCGCCAUAUUGCUAGGAGGGAAGGUCAGAGGAAUAGAUCAUCAGCUCAGGGUCGUCCCCAUUAUCUCGUGUUCUCAACUCAUUCCAAUGGUCCGCCUGUUGCUUCUGUGUCUUCUUCUCCGACUCAGAGCAUUGAAAGUGAUUCAGCUUCUUCAGCAGCAGUAGCUGAGCCGACUUCUCUUAUAACUGUCGGAGAAGAUUCCACACAAAUUGUUCCUCCACGUUCUAGUCAAGCUGAUCAGAUUUAUGCCUCUGCAUCUAGAUCAACUGUUCUUGCUUCCAAUCACCAUGGAACUUCCUCGCACAAUCAGUCUCCUACUCAGUCUCCCACUGAUAGUCAUGAUAAGGCAGGACCAUCUGAGUUCCAAUCCAUUUCAGAAUCUCUAAAAUCCCGAUUUAAUGCAAUGUCAAUGAGAUAUAAAGAGUCGAUUACAAAGAGCACAAGGGGUUGGAAGGAGAAACUUUUCUCCCGCAACACUAACAUGACGGAUAUUGGUUCUGAAGUAAAGGGAGAGGGCAAUUCAGGAAUUUCUACUGUAUCAGGCAUGAUGGAGCGUCUUGAGACAAGAGACAAUAGCAGAACCAACACUGAUUCUGGAUCAAGUAGUUCGCAGGAAGCCAACACUGCUGAUGAAUCUACUAGUUUACAUGAUGUCUCAGUUCCAGAUCUGGUCAACCAGCAGAUUCCGGUGACUGAUUGUAACAAUGUUGUGAAUGAGGGUACACAAACUUCAUGUGCCACAGGAUCUGCUGCAAACUAGGCGCUUUUUGAGGAACCAUGCUGAGUUUUCUUAGUUAAAGGUAGACUCUUUCUUCAGCUGUAUGGAUGCUUUACUUCUCUCCUGGGCCGGUUGUUUCACUUUUUACAUGUGGAAAUUGUUAUGUUAUACAGAAUAAAUGGAGUAGAGAGAGACAGGCGCUCUAAAUUUGGAUAUCUAAACAGCGACCUCACUAUUGAAUAUAAAUCUGUUUAUAUCUCAUGAAGUUAUUCGUACACAUAGUUAUGUAAUUAUAUAUACCUGCUUUUGUAUGCUAGUUGAGUAAUCGUACUUUAAUAGAUCUGUCUGUUUGAUUGGUCA